AUAAAGUUCAGUUGUUAUUGACAUUCAUGGCAUUCAGUCACGUUUAUAACAUUUCCCAGUGAAUAAUUCUCUAUUUCUCUCACACAGCUCAGACUGAGGGCUAUAUGAACACAACUGUCCCUGUUGGAGAGCUGCAAAACUUCUUGAAGACUCACAAAAACAACAUAAAGAGGAAAGCAAAAUAUAUUUUUGAGGGCAACAAAGAAAAUGACACAGAUCUCAAGGCUGUUUACACAGAGCUGUUCAUCACAGAGGGAGAUAUGAAAGAUGUCAAUCAGGAACAUGAGAUUCUGAAGAUUGAUGAUGCUUUCAAGAACAAAAAAACACAUGAUAAACCAAUCAAAUGCAAUGAUAUAUUUACUGAACUGAAGAAAAACAAUGAAGAGAAGAUUGUGCUGACCAAGGGAGUUGCGGGCAUUGGAAAAACAGUCUCUGUGCACAAAUUCAUCCUGGACUGGGCAGAAGGAAACACCAAUCAGGAUAUAGACUGUGUGUUCCUGCUUCCAUUCAGAGAGAUCAAUGUGAUUAGAGAAAGAGAGGUCGAUCUCCAUGAGUUUCUGCUGAAAUUUUAUCCUGACUUAAAAGAUCUGGAGAAAUCAAAGUUAUAUAAGGAAUGCAAGCUUGCAUUUAUAUUUGAUGGACUUGAUGAGAGUCGAUUGCCAUUGAACUUUAAAAGCGAAACAUUGAACACUGUUGAGGAAAGAGCAUCUGUAGAUGUGCUGUUUACAAGUCUGGUCAAAGGUGAUCUGCUUCCAUCAGCUCUUGUCUGGGUGACAUCACGACCAGCAGCAGCCAAUCAGAUUCCUCCUCGGUAUGUAGGUUUGUUCACAGAGGUGCGAGGAUUCACUGACCAACAGAAGGAGGAGUACUUCAGAAAGAGAAUCACAGAUGAGAGUCUGGCCUCCAGAAUCAUCUCACACAUUAAGACGUCUCGUAGUCUGUACAUCAUGUGCCACAUUCCUGUGUUCUGCUGGAUCACAGCCACAGUACUUCAAGAUAUUCUCAUUGAGAACAAUGCAGAGAACAUCAGCACAACACUCACUGAAAUGUACAUUCACUUCCUGCGGAUACAGAUGAACAUGAAAAGUCAGAAGUAUGAUGAACAAGAUGAAAUAGAAUGUGCAGAGCACUUACAAUUUAAUAGAGAGUUGAUUUUGAAGUUAGCCAAGUUAGCGUUUGAACAACUGAAGAAGGAAAACAUUAUGUUCUAUGAGGAAGAUCUGAAAGCAUGUGGUAUUGAUGCGAGUAAAGACACCGAGUUCACAGGAAUGAUCGCUGAGAUCUUUAGGAAGGAAGAUGGACUUUAUAAGACAAAGGUCUUCUGCUUCGUGCAUUUAAGCGUUCAAGAGUUUCUCGCUGCAGUGCAUGUGUUCAUCUGCUACCUGAACAAGAACAAGCAAGAGCUUCGGUUUUUCUUUGAAGAUUCACAAACUACAGUCAUACAAAAGUUUAAAUUCUUCUUUAGAUUUGUCAAAUUUCAUGACUUAACAAAGAGAGCCACUGAUAAAGCAAUGCAGAGUAAAAGAGGACAUCUGGACCUGUUCUUACGAUUUCUGAUGGGCAUUUCACUGGAAUCCAGUCAAAAUCUGCUCAAAGGCCUGUUCACGCACACUAAAGACACCACAGAGAGCAUCAGACAAAUAACUGAAUACAUUAAACAAGUACAAAACAAGAAUAUCACAGAUGAAGCUUCAGUCAACCUAUUCUUCUGCUUACUUGAGCUCAAAGAUCAUUCAUUAUAUGAGGAAAUCCAGAGUUACCUCAGUUCAGAUAAACAUCCAGGAAGAAAACUCUCAUCUUCAAUGUGCACAGUGCUGACCUACAUACUGCUGAUGUCGGAGAAGGUGCUGGAUGAGUUCAACCCAAAGAGGUUCACGCCACCUUUAAACUACAAGAGACUCAUCCCAGCUGUGAGAUGCUGUAGAAAAGCACUAUUUGAUGGCUGUGAUAUUGAUGAAACAUGCUGUGAAACUUUGUCUUCUGCUCUACAAUCAUCAAACUCCCAUCUGACAGAGCUGGACCUGAGUAACAAUCACCUGCAGGAUUCAGGAGUGAAGCUGAUUUAUGAAGGACUGAAGAGUCCACACUGUCGACUGAACAUACUGAGGCUAUGUGGCUGUAAUCUCACCGCUCAGUCUUGUGAGAGUUUGUCAUCAGUUUUAAAAUCCUCAAACUCUGUCCUGAGAGAGCUGGACCUGAGUAACAAUGACCUGCAGGAUUCUGGAGUGACACUUCUUUCCGAAGGACUGAAGAGUCCAAACUGUCAGCUGACACUCCUAAGACUAUGUGGCUGUAAUCUCACUGCUGAGAUCUGUGGAAGUUUGUCAUCAGUUUUACAAUCCUCAAACUCCCGCCUGAGAGAGCUGGAUCUGAGUAACAAUGACCUGCAGGACUCUGGAGUGAAGCUUCUUUCUGAAGGACUGAAGAGUCCAAACUCUAAGCUGGAGAGACUGAGGUUGUCUGGCUGUAUGGUGACAGAAGAAGGCUGUCGUUAUGUGUCUUCAGUGCUGACUUCAAACCCCUCACACCUUAGAGAGCUGGAUCUGAGCUACAAUCACCCAGGAGAUUCAGGAGUCAAGCUCUCUGAAAAACCGGAGGAUCCGAUCUACACACUCAUGGAUUAUGGAGGAGAAUGCAGGAUUACAGCAGGACUAAAUAAAUAUGCCUGUUUUCUCACACUGGAUCCAGACACAGCAAACAAGCGUCUCAUUCUGUCUGAGGAGAACAGAAAGGUGACAAAUGUGAGAGAGGAUCAGUCAUAUUCUGAUCAUCCAGACAGAUUUGAUGUGUGUCAGGUGUUGUGUAGAGAGAGUGUGUGUGGACGCUGUUACUGGGAGAUUGAGUGCAGUGGACGUAAUUAUGGUGUGUUUAUAUCAGUAUCAUAUAAGAGCAUCAGCAGGAAGGGACGGAGUUAUGAGUGUGUGUUUGGAAAUAAUGAUCAGUCCUGGAGUUUGGACUGUUCUCCCUCCAAAUACUCGUUCAGACACAAUGACAUACAGACUGAUCUCCCUGUAAAACCCAUCAGCAGUAGAACAGGAGUGUAUGGUAAUAUCUAUAGAAUAGGAGUGUAUGUGGAUCACGGUGCAGGAACUCUGUCCUUCUACAGCGUCUCUGAUACACUGAGCCUCAUCUACACAGUCCAGACCACAUUCACUCAGCCGCUCUAUCCUGGGUUUGGGUUUGGGGUUAGGACUGCGUAUAAGUUAAGUCCUUAUAAUAUAUCAUCAGUGAAACUGUGUUGA